ACACAUGUUGCUCACGCAACGAAAACUCACGCACGCUUGGCUAUCGCAACUUGCACAUCACUAGCAUGAAAAAACUACAAAACAAACGACGCGACGCGCGCUAUUUCGAAACAUAACAAACAUUUUCAUUUGAAUUGAAAGCUAAUAAAAUGAGUAACAAAAGCACGCCCGUGCCCGUGCAGCAGCGCAUCCAUCAAUACCAAGCACGUGCAGUGAGCAGUGCCCACAAAACGCCAUCCACAGUUGCCGCCGGCCUGCGACGCAAGGUGCUCUGCCGGACGCCCAAGCGGAGCACGGAGAAACCGGAGCAGCAGCUGCUAAAUACGGGUUUUACUAGCGGCAUACCGACACCACAGCCACGGCCAAAACCGACCGCUUUGAAUGCCUGCUACACACCCUCCUCCCUCUAUCGCGGCGUAGGCAAAACGACGCCAAGGCGACAAACGCCCAGCAAAACGAAGUCAGCGUGCAAACUCAAGGAUAAAGAAAGGGAAAAGGAUGCCCUGUUGGAGUCCACUUACAGCCUCGCUGAGGAGAGCAAUAUGAUUGUGGCGGUGCGUGUGCGUCCGCUAAAUGCAGUUGAAUGCACUCGCAACAGCGUCACCAAUGUGGUCCACGUCCAUGGCCACAACGAGCUCAGCGUGCAGGCGGGCAGCAGUGCGGAUGCCUCGGCUGGAGUCUCGCACUUCUUUAACUACGAUCAGGUGUACUAUUCCUGUGAUCCUCACAGCAAGAACUAUGCGGAUCAGCUGGCUGUGUUCGCAGGCACAGCUCAACCCCUGAUCGACACCGCCUUCGAGGGUUACAAUGCCUGCCUAUUUGCCUACGGGCAGACGGGAUCUGGCAAAUCCUACUGCAUGAUGGGCAUUGAGGCGCUCGACGAUGCUGCCCUCGAUGGCAACGCACCGCAUGUGGAGGCCGGAAUCAUACCACGUUUCUGUCACGAUCUCUUUCGGCGCAUCGAUGCCGUCAAAGAUCAACUCCAAGUGGAGGUGGAGGUCAGCUACUUUGAGAUUUACAAUGAGAAAAUUCAUGAUUUGCUGAGCGUGCAGCAGGCUUUGGCCACUGCCACAGAAGCGCCUGUGCAGCGCCAAGCUUUAAAGGUGCGUGAGCAUCCCAUUUUUGGGCCAUAUGUGGUGGAUUUAAGCGCACAUUCGGUGGACUCGUAUUCGGCGCUGCGCAACUGGCUGGCGGUGGGCAACUCCCAACGCGCCACCGCCGCAACGGCAAUGAAUGACAAAAGUUCCCGCUCCCAUUCCAUAUUCAACAUCGUGCUCAAUCUGACCGAUUUAAGUAGCGAUGAUGGCCAAUCUUCGGACACGGACUCGGGCACAGUUGUUUCGCUGCGCCAAACGCGACGCAGCAAGAUCAGUCUGGUGGAUCUGGCGGGCAGUGAACGCAUCAGCGCUUCCGGCUCGAAUGGCGAACGGAUACGUGAGGGCGUCAGCAUCAAUAAGAGCCUUCUGACGCUGGGCAAAGUGAUUGCAGCGCUGGCGGAUGCCCGCAAACCGGCUGGCGGCGGUUCCCUCACACCCAGCACAUUUGUGCCCUAUCGGGAGAGUGUGCUCACCUGGCUACUACGGGAAAACCUUGGCGGCAAUUCGAAGACGGUAAUGCUGGCCACCGUUUCUCCGGCCAGUCUGCAUGCGGACGAGACGUUGGCAACCCUGCGAUACGCGUGCAAGGCGCGCUCCAUUGUGAAUCGGGUGAAGGUAAAUGAGUCGCCGCAUGACAAGAUCAUUAGGGACCUGCGCGCCGAGGUGGAUCGCUUGAAAUCGCUACGCAAUGAGUACGAGCGACAACGUCGCCUCUCCUCGAACAGCAACAAUCCGCCGGCGCCACGCAAAAUCAUCAUUGAGACAUCUGUGGAUGAUGGUGAAGUGGAGGCACUGCGUCAACAGCUCUCGGAACGCGAACGUGAACUGAAUCGCGCACAGAAAUCAUGGAUGGAGAAGCUCAAGGAGGCCGAAGAUCAACGCAAAUCCGAGUUGCGUCUGCUCAAGCGCAAGGGACUCGCCAUGGAACUGACUGCCGACCAGAAGCAGGCGUGUCUGGUCAACCUGACCGCCGAUCCCAUGCUAAGUGGCACGCUCUUUUACGUGCUGCCCGUGGGCACGGUGCACAUUGGACGCGGCGGACGCAUGCCCGGAGAUGCCGCCAUGCCAGAUAUUGUGUUGGAUGGUCCGCUGGUGGCGCUGCAGCACUGCAGCAUUGAGCACGAGCGCUCGGGCAGAUUGUAUGUGAGCCCGGGCAGCGAGGACUUUGAGACGUAUGUGAAUGGCGAGCUGCUGCAGCGCCAACGCCGGCAACUGUUCCAUGGCGACCGGUUGGUCAUUGGUGGCUCCCACUAUUUCCGCAUCUCGAAUCCGUUUUGCACCCAGCGCGCUGGCACAGCGCAACAGCAACUCGUCGACUUCCAGCUGGCGCAUCAGGAGAUUAUGCAGAAGCAGGAGCAGCAGCUGCGCAACGAACUCGAGGCGGAGAAGCGGGCGGCGCUGACACGCAUCGAACUGGAGCGUGAGCAGCAUGCCCGUGACUUUGAGGAACGGCUGCAGUGCCUCGAACUGGAGCAGUUCAAGUACAAGUGCAACAGCGAAAUGCUCGAGACGGAACGACAGGCACUGGCCGAGCUGCAGCAGCAGGAGGCGAGCAGCAGCAGCCGCUGCCACAGCGCAACGACGCCGGCACAGAAAUCCACCCUGGUGGAGGAUAUACAGCGCAUCAUGCUGAAUCCCAGCGAGGCGAGUCUGCACAAGACUCAGCUCAUGGUGAAGGAGGCGACGCAACGCUGUCGCCAGCUGGGCCAUCAACUGGAGUUUCGUCAGCUCCAAACACCGGAUGAGUUUGGCUUACUGCGCACCGUCAUUUUAAUUGUGGAUCGGCAGCGGUGCCUCAAAGCUGAGUGGCCCAUUGCCAGACUGGGCGUCUGGCUGGAUCUGCAGCGGGAUGCAGCAGCGCCGAGUGACAUGUUCCAGAGCGUUGAGGUCGACUGGCAGCCACUCGAUGCGGAUCUAAACGAUACACUAAAUGAUACGCAUAAUUCCAGUCGCAUUGGCCUGAAUCUUAGCUCGCUGAAGCAGCCACUCAAGCGUCUCCUUAGUGGCACCAAUACGCCCCGGUUGAGCUCGACGCCGGGCAACGCCACGCCUCAAUAUACAAAGCGACUGCUCACUUAUGACUUGACCGAGGAUCACCCGAGCAGCUACAGCAGUAGCGGCAAUUUUGAACUCCAUGCCCAACAGGAGCUGCAGGUGAUGCAGCGGGCUGCGCACCGUUUGCGCCGUCAUUGCGAGCAGGCGCUGCGCCAGCGGGAGAAUCAACCGGAUGCUGGUCUGCUGCCGGAGAGUCUGCAGGAGUCAUUGGCACGCCUCGACAACGUACUCCACGGCAUGCACACAUGCAUGCUGCAGUCGGCGGAGGCGGCGUCUUCUUCGAUCACCUCGCCAAAUAAAGCACAAAAAGCGGUGCGUUUUCUUAUCGAUUGACGGUCUCCCGGACAAGUGUGCUAUUUAUAUAAAUAUAUAUAUUUAUAUAUAUAUGGUGUAUUCAUGUAUGACGUUCAAUAAAGUUUCUUAUAUU